GAAGACUGAAACAACAUGGGUCGUCUAUGUUUCUCUUUACUAUUCUUUGAGCCUUUAAGUAUUGCUUUCGAGACCCUAAAUGCAUCUUUCCAGAUUUGAGAUCAGCUCAUAUAAUCGGAUCAUACAGACGGACACAGAACGUGCAUGUCUGGCCACGAGUGACAAUGACGGGAGGAGAUGACAGGAUAUACUGAAAUUAUAAAUUAUAAUUUUCAAUUAAAAAUUUUAAGUUUUUUUUUAUCUUUUAAAGAUUUUAAAUUUCAAAUAAAAUAUCAUUAAAAUUUCAAAUUUAAGAUUUUUUUUAAUCUUCCGUCAAAAAAAGAUCUUUUUUUAAUCUUUUAAGAUUUGUUUAUUAUUUAAAAACAUGAUGAUUUGAGUCAAAAAAAAAAAAUCAUGAUGAUUUAAAGAUUUGUUUUGUCUCUGGCUAUAUAUUUGUUUGACAGAAUCUCUGGCUAUAUAUAAAUAAAUAGCUACUUAGCCAUCACGAAUAAUAAUAAGAGAAUUAAAGUAGCGGUCCUUAUUAUACAAAAAAAAAAAAAACAAUGGCGUGCGAGGAGGAUGAGGAUAGGUUAAGCAGUUUAACUGAUGAUAUCUUGCAUCAGAUUCUGUCUUUGACUCCGACCAAAGACGCAGUUAAAACAGGAGUACUUUCAAAGAGAUGGUAUGGUCUAUGGCGUAGUUGUAUUAAUAUCUACUUCACAAAUAUCAAUUUGGAAGACGAAUCCUCUAUACUCAACUUCAAUCUGUUCCUGAGCCAGAUCUAUUAUGUACACCACUUUGAAUACAUUCUCUUCAACCGUUUCUACAUCGACAUUCAAUAUUCGGCAGACCCUAAUGAUAUAAUCUCUCAUAGCAUUCCCAGUCUCUCCCAAUGGAUCAAAUAUGCUGCUGGCGCCAGAGUUAAGUUUCUUCAUCUUCUUCUAAAUUAUGUCCAUGGUAAUCUUCAUCAUCUUAAUUCAUCCCCCCAUUUGCCUAGUGGCGUCUUGCGUUGCAAAACCCUAAUAGUCCUCAAGCUUCGCUGGUUUUUAGUAAAAAGUUUUCCUUUUACUGAUAAAGUUGAUUUUCCCGAACUCAAAACCCUUCAUUUGGAAGACAUUAACUUCAAAACCCAUUCGCUAUUUAUGUUGUUUCUUGCUGGAUGUCCGGUUCUUGAGGAUUUAAAGGUAGCCAAUGUAUUCUUCUUGGAGGACAAGACGGAUGAGGAUGAUCAAGUGUCCGCAAGCUUAAACUUAAGCAACUUGAUUAGAGCAGAUAUUACUAACUGUUGCUUUCGUUUUCCGAUCAAAACACUUUUUAAUCUGGAGUUUCUAAGGAUACAACUAUCGCCACAGAUGUAUACUCCUGAUGAUUUUCCCACCUUCCAUAAGUUGACUCAUUUGGUGAUCAAUAAUAUUUCGGAUUUGGUACUACAAAUGCUCCACCACUGUCCUAAACUUCAAAAUCUCGAACUUUAUCAGAAGACACAAAGUGAGUCGUGGGAUAACAGAGAACAGGGAAGUUGGGUGGUCCCAAAAUCCGCUCCAAAAUGCCUUUCAUCAUAUCUUCGAAGGUGCACUAUUCGGGACUUUGCACUUCAAGACCUACAUCAGGACAUUAUGUUAGCAAGAUAUAUUCUAAAUAAUGCUGGACUUUUACAAACCAUGACAAUAUGGAGUGACAAGGAAAAACAUGAAAUAGAAAUCGAAUUAUCUUCAUGUCCAAGGGCCUCUGCAACAUGUCAAAUUUCAGUUUCUUGAUCAUAAUAGGAUAGCUUCUAUGGACAUUCGCUGCCAGGAAACUGCUGUAUAACUGCUGUAUUUGAUGGUUUGAUGAACUCUGCUCAUGUGCUAUCUUUUCUUUUCAUUGCUUAUGCAUAGGCAGAAAUUAAAUAAGCCUCUGUUUUUUUUCAAUGGAAUCCUAUCAAUCUGUCUUAUUUUGAUAUCAUUUAUAUUUGAGGUGUUCAUCAUCAUCUAGUCGCGAUCCUGAGAAUCUGCACAUGGAGCUAGUAAUGGUCAUGGAAUUAGUAAGGGACAUGAAGCUAGUCAGUGAGCUGCUGUUCACAGAGCUGCAUAUGUUAAUUUUAGUCUUUAUCAAUGAAGAAUGAAUGCUUAAUUUGUUUUUUUGUUGGUAUUAAACAUAUAUAAUUUUAUACUUGGUUAUAACUUUGCAUGUUAUUUUUAUUUUUGU